GUAAAUCACCAGUCUGAAGACGCGCUGCAACGCGCCCGUUGCGUAUGUAUUUUCGCUAGCGAUAAUUAUGUGUAUAAAUUGCAAUUAUUAUCAUAUUAUUGUUUAAAAAAUGUUAUGUUAUUGUGAAACUUGAUUGUCCGAUUAAUAAAACACCAUUUGUUGUUAUUUUUACGAUGAUAAUACGUUUAUAUUGGAAGUAGUUGGAAUUAGAUAAGCAAUCAUGUUUUAUGCACAUUUUGUACUGGCCAAAAAGGGCCCGUUGGCCCGAAUCUGGUUGGCGGCUCAUUGGGAUAAAAAAUUAACUAAAGCACAUGUUUUUGAAACAAAUAUUGAAAAAUCUGUCGAUGGUAUUUUGCAGCCAAAGGUUAAAAUGGCUUUGAGAACCUCAGGACAUCUUCUGCUGGGAGUUGUUCGGAUUUACUCUCGGAAAGCAAAAUAUUUGCUGGCGGAUUGUAAUGAGGCGUUUGUAAAAAUAAAAAUGGCCUUUAGACCGGGUAUGGUCGACUUACCCGAGGAACACAGGGAGGCUGCUGUUACGGCGAUUACACUCCCGGAAGUGUUCCAUGACUUUGAUACGGCGAUGCCUGAGCUGAAAGACGUCGACAUUGAGGCUCAGUUCAGUUUGAACCAGUCUCGAGUCGAGGAGAUCACGAUGCGGGAGGACUACGGGAAUCUCUCUCUGGUGACGCACGACCAGGGCUUCGGGGACAUGAGUUUCGAUGCCGAGCCGCCGGAGUUGUUGAGACACGGCUCGACGAUGGAGACGCAGCUCGACCAGAGCCAUAUGUUGUUUAGUGACGGGCCUAGUAUUGAGGCAGCGCUGGAGCCCAAAGAAAAAGAACCUGUGGCGGGUACAUCUACGUCACAGCCGAUGGAUAUUGACACUCCUAUCCGCGACGACGGGUUUGGUGGUCAUCUAGGUCAGGAUAUUAUAUCGGGAGGACUGUUUGAAGGCGGUCUUUUUGAUGAAGCACCAAUGGGUGAGGUCCCAGUACCUGAAGUCAGCAAUAUAACUGACCAACAAGAGUCGACGGCUGCUGUACCGGGUGUCCCAUCGGUUCACGACGACUCGGAUGAUGACAUGGGUGAUCAUUUCGGCGGCGCUCCUUCACCAAUGGGUGGUAUGAGCAGCGAUGGAUCACGUCCAACUACUCCUGCUGUGCAGGUUGAUGGAAUCGCGGGCCGGGCAAGUGUUGCUAGUCGACGUUUUUCACCUGUACCUCCUUCAAUUCCUGAGGAAAGUGCCAUUGACACGGCUGAACAGGCUCCAAGACAUGAGCAAACGACGUUACUUCAUGACGAAGAAGAGAGUUUUGCUUUAGCGCCAGUCGAUGCCUCGGCAUUAAAAGGUUUCACCAAAGCUAAACGCAAGCGUAAACUUAUUGUCGAUGAAGUUAAAAAUAUAUCUGGUGAAGAAAUGAAAGCACAAUUGUCUGAUACAAGUGAUAUUGUGACAACAUUAGAUCUCGCGCCGCCUACCAAAAGACUUAUGCAUUGGAAAGAAACUGGAGGCGUUGAAAAAUUAUUUGCUCUUCCUGCUAGACCAAUUCCCGCCCGUGUUCUCUUUAAGAAUUACCAACGACACUUGACGAGUAAGUCGUACGAUCACGAGGACUUCGGUCGGUUGGCCGGUGAGGAUGACACUAUAUCGUUGGAACAAAUGCGUGAAGCGGACGCUGAACCAGCUGCCUUUGAACAAAGUUCUAUCAGCAAACGGCUGAGCCGCAAACGCAAAGCUCCCGCGGACGAAGAACCUCUAGUACAACCGAUCAGAACGCCGGGACCACCCAUCCAAAUAUCAGUAGAAGAACAGCCGAUGGAGAGUAUCGACACGACAAGAUUGUCGGUUGCCCCACCGAUUGUACCAGCACCCGCGGAGUCUCCAGUCCAGUCUGAAGUAUCUCUACCCGCGGAGCCUUCUAUUCCUCACAUAGAACCGCCUCCUAUCGAGACUCCCGAAAUGCCGCAAAUUCCUCCUGCGGAAGUGAGUUCGCUGCUAGGCGAAGAACCUCUUCCGCCCGCCGACUCAAUGAUGGAGAACAUGGGCUACGACCAAGCGCAGCCUCAGGUUCCCUACAUGGGCUUCGAUGAAAAUCAACCGCCCGUGCACACGCCCGGUGGUAUUUCUGAAAGAGGUCCCGCUUCGCCCUGGAAUCAUGAAGAUUACGAGUUCCCUCAUUCUGUUGGACCGCAAGAGGAACAACAAGUUGAUGAAACAUAUGAGCAAUUUGAAGAACGUGUCCUCAAUAAAAGAGCAGCUCACAUGUACCAAGUUAUUAAAAGUAAAUUAGAUGGUAAAGAUAGACUAAGCUUGAACGAAAUGACGUAUAAGAAUUCACGAAAACAGGCUGCACAAAAGUUUUAUACUUUACUAGUUUUGAAGAAAUUCCAAGUAUUAGAACUGAACCAGGAAUAUUCUUAUGCCGAAAUCUUGGUUACCAAAGGCCCGAAAUGGGAAAACCCAUCGUUAUAAAAGUAACCGGGAUGUUACAGUCUACUUAAAAAUAAAAUGCAGCACCAAUUUCGUAAAAAAAAAAAGAAGUUGGAUGCAGUGACGUUGCCUUAUCGUCAGGCAAUCAAUGCUUGGUUUUUUCUACUAAAAAUCUCACUAAAGAUUUCUUUCAAUACGUUGACUAAAAAAGAAUAUGACACAUCAUCAGUUAAAUUAAAUUUAUUUUUCACAAUAAUCACAUCGAGCACACCAUAUAAAUAUAAAUAUAUUUAUUUCAUUUAAUCUUUUAUUUUAAUCUAUUGAGUUCUAUUAACAAAUAGUGUAAUUAGUAUUUAAGAAAGAGUAUAUUUGAAUAAAUCGAUGCUUUAAGUCUAUUUAAAUAAUCAGAUAUAAUUCAGACUUAUUGACGAUUUAAUUGAUAAGUUUAUUAAGUGAUUAUAAAUAUGGGUAUAUACAUUUUACGGUAGUUGAUCAUUACUUCUUUAAAUAUUAAUUGAUGAAAGAUUUAAAUAAAGAUUUAUAUUUUUCAUUAAUUAUUUAUUAAGUUAUAAAGAUUAAAUUACUAAUUAAAAAAAAAUUAACAAUUUCUAUUUUAUAUUUUAAUAAAAAAAAAUAUUUAUCGGUGGUAACUUUUUGUUGAAGAUGCCCCAGACAAAAUUUUAAAAAAUAAAAAAAAAAAUGAUGAUGACGAUGAUAAUUUAAUUAAAAUUGGGUGUUAUUCGACAAAAGACUAUGUUAUGAUUGUGAUGUAAAAUAUAAUGGCCUUCCUGUGUAAAAAAAAUUGCCGCCAAAAAUUUUCAAAUUUUAGACACGGCACCAUAAGUUUAGUUUUAAAAAUUUAAGACGAGAGAUUAAAGUCGACUUAGUAUUUUGUAGUGAAAUUUUGUUCAACUUUUUUGACGCUUUAAAAAUUUUUCUACAAAAGUACUGAUUCGAUUUUGAUAUUUAGUCUUAAAUUUUUAAAAUCUAAAACCCAAAGAGGAAAUUUAUUUAUUUUAUGUUGAGUUUGAUAAAAAAAAUUAUUUUUGAAUUAAAUUCAAGAUAAAAAUAAUAAAUGUCCUUUGGCAACUCGACUUCCCGGCGCUAAAAAUUUAAAAAAUAUUUUUUUUUUUACACGGGUUCAGCAUUUCAUCAUCUACUGUAAAAAAAAAAAAGCAAAUGUUAUUGUGUUGUUUUCUGUUUGUUUUAAGAAAGCAGUGUGAUAUCGUUGUAUAGAUGAUAAAAUGUAAUGUACGCUGUAAAAUUUCAUCAUUAUUAAUUAUUCUAAGCAUCAAUAACACUAAUAGUAAUAAUGAUUAAAAUGAAGACUAACAACCGGUUAAUUAAAAUUGGAAAAAAAAAUUAUCUUUAUUUAAAUUUAAAAUUAAAAUGUCAAUUAUUCUAAUAUUAUGAGAUUCAUUAUUAUAUUUUAUUAUGUUAUUAAUCUUUUCAUUACCGUCAUUAAAAAUUCAUUGAAGUAAAUGUUGUAAUUGGAUUAAGUGAUUUAUAAAUGAUGAUAAAAAAAAAGAUAAAUGAUUAAUGAAUGGUAUGUAAACUAUUAAAUAGAAAACAGUUAUCCUGUAGUAUAUACAGUUUAAAGAAUAUAUGUAAUAUAUUAUGGAUAAAGAUCAAAAGAAAUUGAAAA